CGCCGGGAGCGGGGCGGGGCCCGCGCGUCCCCGAGCGCGUGCCCGCGGCCCCGAGCGCGUGUCCGCCGAGUCGGGAGCGCGCCCGGCCCGUUCCGAGCCCCGCCGGGAUCCCCGCUCGCUCCGGUCCGUGUCCCGCCGGGACCCCCGCUAGCCCCGCUCCGUGCCCCGGUUGCGGCGCUGGGCGUUCCCCGCACGCCGAGCCCGCCCCGCUCCCCCGGGCAGGGAUUCCCCGCCAUGGAGCGGGCGCUGCUGCCCCGCCUGUGCCGGGCGCUGCGGCUGUGCCGGGCCGGGCUCCGGUUCCGCUGCACCGGGGCUGAGCAGGGGGCGCCCCGAAGCCGCGAUCCCCCCGAGCGGGGCUCUAGGACCGGGCGGGAGCUGUGGCGGGCUCAGCAGGACUCCCCCCGGCCGGGCAGGGGGAAGCGGCCGGAGCGCAAAGCUCUGGCGGUGGAGCGGACCGAGGGCUCGGAGAUCCUGUUCGGGCUGGCCCCGUGCUGGCUGGCGCUGGCCCGGGCGCGCCGGGCGCUGUUCCGCCUCUUCCUGAAGGAGCAGCGCGGCGGCCCCGGGCGGCCGCUGCGGGCCGAGCUGGCGCUGCAGGCGGCGGCCCGCGGCGUGCCCGUGCUGCACCUGCCGGGCCGGGCGCUGGACGCGCUCAGCCGGGGCCGGCCCCACCAGGGCGUGUGUCUGGAGGCCGCCCCGCUGCCCUUCCGCAGCCUGCGGGACGCCGAGGAGCCGCGGCCCGGGCAGGGCGGGGGCCGGCAGCCGCUGUGGCUGGCGCUGGAGCACAUCCAGGACCCCAUGAACCUGGGCGCGCUGCUGCGCUCUGCCUAUUUCCUGGGGGUGGACAGAGUGGUGGCCACCAGCAGCGACAGCUGCCCCUUGACUCCCAUAGUGAGCAAAGCCAGCGCUGGAGCCAUGGAGGUCUUUGAUGUGUACAGCACAGAUGAUCUGCAGGGCUUUUUGAAGGCUAAAAGUGCGGAAGGCUGGGAAGUGGUGGGAACAGUCAGCAGGCCUGAGGGUGUGGAAGAUGUCCCUGUCACCAGCUGCUCGGAAUUCCAGUGGGACAAACCCCUCGUUGUGGUGAUAGGGAGCGAGGGGCAGGGGCUGUCCCCGCAGACGGAGCUGCAGUGCCGGCGGAUGCUGGCCAUCCCCCCCGGCAGGGCGCUGCACCCCGGCAUCGACUCCCUCAACGUCUCCGUGGCUGCAGGUAUCAUCCUGCACUCCAUCUGCAGCCAGAGACGGAGCCAUGGAGAUUGAAAUCCUGUUUAUUUGGUGGAGGGAGCUGCUCAGUGUGGGGAUGGAAAUGCUUUUCCCAGGAUCUCAACCAUCACUGAGAGUUCCAGGAAAAACCCAGUGACCUGAGCUGCUGCAGAAGCCACCAGAUCCCUGACUGGACACCUGAGGAGGAGCAGCUGUGGGAGGGCAGAGAAGUCUGGGAGCAGCCAGCUUUGGCAGGGACACACCCAGGGGUGGCAGGGACACACCCAGGGGUGGCAGGGACACACCCAGGGGUGGCAGGGACACACCCAGGGAUGGCCGGGACACACCCAGGGGUGCUGCCAGCUCAGGGGACUUUGUGCAUCACUGGAGUGGGGACAGUUUGGGCUGUGGGUGAGAGUGCCCUGUGCACUGGGCAGCAGCUGCAGGGUGCCAGCUGUGCUUGGGAACCUCCAGAGCUGCUUUUUCUGUUUGGUUGUAAGGCAGGGGUGCAGCCCUGCCAAGGGCUGGCAAACAGCUGGAGAGGGGGGAAAACACAGCCCGUGGAAAUAAAGCUUUUGUAAAGAUUGGUUGGAGA